AUGUCUUGUGUCACGGAAAAGGCCCGCAUCGCCUCGUUCGGCGGCAAGCUGCUCAAGCUCAGCCACAAUGCCUCCACCACCCGCUGCGAGAUGUCCUUCAACCUGUAUCUGCCGCCCGGCGCCACAGACGGCGCCGCCGGCACGGUCCCUGUGCUGAUCUACCUGUCCGGCCUGACCUGCACGGCCGACAACUGCUCGGAGAAGGGCUUCUUCCAGCACGGCGCCAGCAAGAAGGGCAUUGCCGUGCUCUACCCUGAUACAAGCCCCCGCGGCCUUAACAUCGAGGGCGAGAACGAUUCUUGGGACUUCGGCUCCGGCGCGGGCUUCUACGUCGACGCUACCAAGGCCCCUUACAGCGAGGGCUACAAAAUGUACAGCUACGUCACCGAGGAGCUGCCCCAGACAGUCUUCCAGGCAUUCCCGCAGCUGGAUUCGAGCCGGGUCAGCAUCACCGGCCACAGCAUGGGCGGCCACGGUGCUCUUACUCUGUUCCUCCGUAACACCGGCAAGUACAAGUCCGUCUCGGCCUUCGCCCCCAUCGCCAACCCGAUCAACUGCCCGUGGGGCCAGAAGGCUUUCAAGGGGUACUUCGGCGAGGACCAGCAGGAGAAGUGGAAGGAGCACGACGCUACCGAGCUGCUGAAGAAGUGGAGCGGCCCCGAGCUCGAUAUCCUGAUCGACGUGGGCACCGGCGACAACUUCUACAAGCAGGGCCAGCUCCUGCCGGAGAACUUCCAAGCUGCCGCCGACGCCGGCGGCCACAAGGGCGUGAAGAUCCGCUACCAGCCUGAUUACGACCACUCGUACUACACGAUGGCGACCUUUGCGGACGACCACAUCGAGCACGCAGCCAAGUAUUUGAAAUAG